UCCCACCAAGAUGGCGUCUGCCAGUGAGUCCCCUGCCAGCCCAAGGGAUGCUGCUGACCAGAACUUUGACUACAUGUUCAAGCUGCUCUUGAUCGGGAACAGCAGCGUGGGCAAGACGUCCUUCCUGUUCCGCUACGCCGAUGACUCCUUCACCCCCGCCUUCGUGAGCACCGUGGGCAUCGACUUCAAGGUCAAGACAGUCUAUCGACACGACAAGAGGAUCAAGCUGCAGAUAUGGGACACAGCAGGCCAGGAGCGCUACCGGACAAUCACCACGGCCUACUACCGCGGAGCAAUGGGCUUCCUGCUCAUGUAUGACAUCGCCAACCAGGAGUCCUUCACCGCCGUGCAGGACUGGGCUACGCAGAUCAAAACCUAUUCCUGGGACAACGCCCAGGUCAUCCUCGUGGGGAACAAGUGUGACCUGGAGGACGAGCGGGUCGUACCUGCUGAGGAUGGCCAGAGGCUCGCCGAUGAUCUUGGUUUUGAGUUCUUUGAGGCCAGCGCCAAGGAGAAUAUCAACGUGAAACAGGUGUUCGAGCGCCUGGUGGACAUCAUCUGUGACAAGAUGAAUGAAUCCCUGGAGCCCAGCUCCAGCCCAGGCAGCAAUGGCAAAGGCCCAGCCCUUGGGGAUACCCCACCCCCACAGCCAAGCGGCUGCGGCUGUUAGGCUCGGCCCUGACCUCCCCACGCCUGUCCCUUCUUGCCUCCUCAAGGACAGCAGCCCAGGUGUGAGCUAUGGGGACUCUCAGCUCAGGGCACCCCUUGCCUCUGGCCCACCUCCCCUCCUCUUGCACAAGUCCCUCUCCCUGUCUCUCCACGUCGGAAUGCUCAGACAGUCCUGCUUAGAGCCCACACACCCCAGGGCUCUGCCCAGCAUUGUCUGAGGGGCUGGGAUACCCACGCGGGUGCUUACUGCUUCCGAGGCAUUUUGAUGGACGUAGCUGUGGGCGGCAUCACCUUCCCUGAGUGACAGAGGGGAUGUUGGUGCCUUCUGCCUUAGAACCAUUCCCCAGGUCUACUCUUCAUGUCGUUGGCUGAAGAUAGCAGCUGGUGUGGGUCGCUGUCCAACAUAGUCCUGGCAGCCUCUCUAUCUCAGGUCCACCAGUUUGGCCUUGAAACCUGCCCGUGACCUGACUGCUGGCCAGGCACACAGGUCUGCGGUCUCCAUCCUCUGCCCCCCUGGCAUCUACCGGAAAGCCUGUUUUCUGGAUGUAGAAGGGACAGAGUCAGAGCCACCCCUGGCACCGGGAACUCGCCAAAGUGCCUUCCAAGCUUCCCCUGAAUCCAUCCAUCAGUGUGGGUUAAUCCACUCCUAGAGUUAAAUUUUGUCACAUGGGGCCCUGUCACAUAGGGGCUGAGAAUGGCCAACCCUAGCAGUCCAGCUUCCUGUCAGUUCGCCUCAGAGCCAGGGAGCUGAAGGCUGCCCGCCCAGGCCCCUGUCUGUCCGCCUGGUGUUUAAGCAAGAGCUUUACAAACCUUAUAUCCUGUUUAGAAACGGAAGUGGAGAAAGCAGCCCACAGAGGGUGUGUGCCCUUGCUGGCCAGUUUCUCAUGACAGGAUUGGGGCUUUUCCUCCUGAGGAUUCUUGUAUAUCCCCAGUGUCUGCAUCGUGGCCACCAUCAGUUGCCCAGUGACACUGGGGUUGUGGGGAAGGAUUGGGGAGAAGGGACCAGCGUUUUCAUUUGUCUGUCAUGGGCGCAACAGGCCCUCCUGUGGAUUAGGGAUGGGUGUGGGUUGUGACUGAUGUCGCUACAAAGUUUGGGAUGUGGCCCCUAGGAUCCUUGGUUCUCUCCAGCUAGGAGGUCUUUCUACUCACCGGCCAAACUCCCCUAAACACCAUCUGACAUCUCAUAGCCGAGGUGACAGUGCCCAGAUGGCCUGUGUCCUACGCCCCUGAUUCUAUAUCAGGGGUGAGGUGUACUCCUUCAGUCCCCAUGGCCCAAAUCACGUCUGCAGCCUUACUGAGCUCGGCAUCGCCCCAGGGGUGUGUAUUCCCUACAGUGCCUGGUUCAGGUUCUUUAUAGCCAUGCCAGUGGCUGUUUUUGUACAAACCGGAUGAGCAACGUGAGGGCAUCUGAACACUCGGGGGAAAGAGUCAAAAACUUUUUAUGUUGCUUUGUCAUUAAAUAGUCAAAAUGGUGAAAAUUAUGUUGCUAAGAUUCAACAACCUGCUCGGUAUGGUGAUGAAAAUUUUUGAUCCCAGCACUCUGGAGGCGGAGGCAGUUGGACCUGUGAGUUUGAGGUUAGCCUGGUCUAUAAAGCGAGUUCCAGGAUAGCCAGGGCUACACAGAGAUAACCUGUUUUGAAAAACAGAGAGGAAGGGAGAAGAGGCGCAGCGAGUCUGGAACUAGCUCUCUUGCUAGCAUUUGCCUAGUGUGUUGCACAGGGUCCUGGCUUUAAGGCCCAGCACCAGACGAACCAGGCAUGGAGUCACUCUAGUACAGGCACGAGGAUCAGAAGUUUGGGGUCACCUUUGAGAACUAUCUAGGAGGAUUGAGGCCAGCCUGGAACUCUAAGAGUCUGAUAGGGGGGAGGGGGGCGCGGGGGAAAGGAAUGCCUGUCAAAAAUCCUAUAGACCAGUCAGUCCAUUGUCCCCAAGCACAGUGGGGGAGAUCCUGCCCUGAGUUAGCUAAGGCCAGUCCUGACAUUCCAUGUCAACUAGAUCACCUCUGACUGCAUCUUGGACUUGGUCUCAGCUUCCUGUUGCUAGAGUCCCUCCGUUUUACUCUGAAUACCAGCAUAGGAAACCACCUUGUGGUUUUCUUACAACUGGAGAUUUGGCUGGCAGAAUGGCUCAUCUGAAGACACUUGCCACCAAGCCCCAUGACCUGAGUUAGAUCUCGGGAUCCAUGAGGUAGAAGAGAAAUGACCCCGUUAAGCCACCGUCUCACCUCCAUGGUGAGCAAGAGUGUGUGCUCAGUCAAUGUCAAACAAAAAACCUUUAGUGAAGACUGAAUAGUGUGGACAGUUUGUUGUCUCUUCCUCCGAUGAAGGGUGAUUGAACUCUGAUUCUUCCAUUAGGGUUUACCAAGGAUAGGUGAGGGGGCACUCAGUGAGUGGAGGCUGUGCAGAUGGCCAAGAGGGACGGGAGCCUGAUGAGUUUAUAGACAGAAGCUAUACACAGGGCAUGGAGAAUGCUGCUCCACAGAAGGCCCAGGAGUAGCCAGCCUCUGGAGCCUGAGUCCUCCCGGGCAGGACUGUCCAUGGCUUUGGUUUUUCUUGUUCUUGUUUGUGGGUAUCAUGAUGUAGACCAGGCUGACCUUGAACUCACAAAGACCCACCUGCCUGUGGCUCCCUAGUGUUGGAAUUAGAGGCUUACAUCAUUAUGUCCGGCUAAUGUUCCCACCUCCUACAUGGUGGAAUUAUAGGUCGCACCACCGUGCUCUGUCUGAUGCAGUACUAGGGAUGGAGUCCAGGACUCCCUGCAUACUAGGCAAACAUUCUACCAACGAAGCCUUGGCCCCGUCCUGGUCUCUGCUCCCAAGCGAUGAUUCUGCUCCAGGCUCCCUGCUAGCGAUUCUGAAGCAACACUGAAUUCUGGCCUGGCGCUGCCUAUUCUCCCAAUUGUCCAGUCCAGAAAAAAUGUAUAAUAAAAUAAGGGAAGCCACUGUG